CGAGCGCGGGCACCGGUGCCCCGGCCGGGGUCUGCCGGGAAGAUGGCGACCCCGGGCAUGAGCUGGCAGCAGCACUAUUACGGCGGCUCGGCGGCCGGGGCGGCCAAAUUCGCGCCCUCGCCGGCCGCCGCGCAGCAGGCGGGGCACUGCAUGGACUACAGCCAGGACUUGCACCUGAAAAUGAGCAAGAAAAUCGCCCAGCUCACCAAGGUAAUAUAUGCUUUGAACACUAAAAAUGAUGAGCACGAAUCUGCAAUUCAAGCCCUCAAAGAUGCUCAUGAAGAAGAAAUCCAACAAAUUCUUGCAGAAACAAGAGAAAAAAUAUUGCAGUAUAAAAGCAGAGUAUCAGAGGAAUUAGACCUUAAGAGAAAGAUUCAAGUUUUAGAAGCAUCAUUAGAAGAUCACAUAAAAAUGAAGCAGCAGGCUUUGACAGAAUUUGAGGCUUAUAAGCACAGAGUUGAGGACAUGCAACUUUGUGCAGAAGCCCAGCAUGUCCAGCGCAUAGUAACCAUGUCUAGAGAGGUUGAAGAGAUUAGAAGGAAAUUUGAGGAAAGAUUACGGAGUUUUGGACAAGUCCAAGUACAGUUUGAAAAAGACAAACGGUUGGCAUUGGAAGAUUUGCGAACUGCUCACAGACGGGAGAUCCAAGAGCUGCUGAGGUCACAGCAGGAUCACAGUGCCUCAGUUAGCAAAGGACAGGAGAAAGUGGAGGAGCUGCACAGAAUGGAGGUGGAGGCCUUAAACAAGACACUGGAAGAGCUAAGGCUUGAGCGGAAAAAGCUAAUUGAGGAUUAUGAAGGCAAGUUGUGUAAAGCUCAGUCCUUUUAUGAACAUGAGCUAGAUACUUUGAAAAGGUCACAGCUUUUUACAGCAGAAAGCCUCCAGGCUAGCAAAGAAAAGGAAGCAGAUCUUAGAAAAGAAUUUCAGGGACAAGAAGCAAUUUUACGAAAAACCAUAGGAAAAUUAAAGACAGAGUUACAGAUGGUACAGGAUGAAGCUGGAAGUCUCCAUGACAAAUGCCAGAAGCUUCAGGUAGCUCUUGUUACAGCAGAGAACAGUGUUCAGGUUCUUCAAAAACAGCUUGAUGAUGCCAAGGAGGGAGAAAUGGCCUUAUUAAGCAGGCACAAGGAAGUGGAAAGUGAGCUAGCAGCAGCCAGAGAACAUUUACAGCAGCAAGCUUCAGAUCUUGUCCUCAAAGCUAGUCAUAUUGGAAUGCUUCAAGCAACUCAGAUGACCCAGGAGGUUACAAUUAAAGAUCUAGAAUCCGAAAAAUCAAGGGCCAAUGAGAGAUUAUCUCAGCUUGAAGAAGAAAGAGCUUUCUUGCAAAGCAAAACCCAGAGUCUGAAUGCAGAGCAGAAGCAGCAGAUUUUGGAACUGGAGAAGAAAGUAAAUGAGGCAAAGAAAACUCAGCAAGAAUAUUAUGAGAUGGAGCUAAACAACCUGCAAAAUAGACUGGAAGGAGAGGUGGCUCAAUUAAAUGAGGCCCAUUCUAAGACUUUGGAAGACUUAGCUUGGAAGCACCAUAUGGCAAUUGAGGCUGUCCACAGUAAUGCGAUCAGGGAUAAGAAAAAACUGCAAAUGGAAUUGGAGGCACAACAUAAAAAGGAAAAGCUAAACCUGGAGGAGGAUAAAAAUCAGCUUCAACAAGAGCUAGAAAACCUGAAGGAAGAACUGGAAGACAAGCUGAAUUCAGCCAAUCAAGAGAUUGGCCACCUCCAAGAAAUGGUAAGCAAAAGUGAACAAGGUCUUGGCUCUGCAGAAGGACUCAUUGCUAGUCUUCAGGACUCCCAGGAAAGACUUCAAAAUGAGCUGGACUUGACUAAAGGCAGGCUGAAGGAGACCAGGGAUGCUCUAUUAAAUGCUGAGAGUGAGCUAGAACAAGAAAGGCAACAGCGUGAAGAAACACUUGCUGCCAUGAAAGAAGAGGAGAAACUGAGAGUGGACAAAAUGGCCCAUGACUUAGAGAUAAAAUGGACUGAAAACCUUAGACAAGAGUGUUCUAAGCUUCGUGAAGAGUUAAGGCUUCAACAUGAAGAGGAUAAAAAGUCAGCAAUGUCUCAACUUUUGCAGUUAAAAGAGCGAGAGAAAAAUGCAGCCAGGGAUUCAUGGCAGAAAAAGGUAGAAGAUCUCUUAAACCAGAUUUCCUUGCUGAAACAGAAUCUGGAGAUGCAGCUUUCCCAGUCUCAGACCUCUUUGCAGCAACUGCAAGCCCAGUUUACACAAGAACGACAACGACUUACACAAGAGCUUGAAGAAUUAGAGGAACAGCAUCAACAAAGACAUAAAUCUUUACAAGAAGCACAUGUCCUUGCAUUUCAAACUAUGGAAGAAGAAAAGGAAAAGGAACAAAGAGCUCUUGAAAAUCAUUUACAACAGAAACAUUCUGCAGAGCUUCAAUCAUUAAAAGAUGCACACAGAGAGUCAAUGGAGGGCUUCCGGAUAGAAAUGGAACAGGAACUUCAGACGCUUCGGUUUGAAUUAGAAGAUGAAGGAAAGGCUAUGCUUGCUUCUUUACGCUCAGAACUAAACCAUCAACAUGCAGCUGAAAUUGAUUUGUUACGACAUAAUCAUCAACAAGAAUUGGCAGCCGCUAAAAUGGAAUUAGAGAGAAGCAUAGAUAUCAGCAGAAGACAGAGUAAGGAGCACAUGUGUAGAAUAACAGAUCUACAAGACGAAGUAAGGCACAGAGAGCAUCACAUCUCAGACUUGGAUAAGGAAGUACAGCAUCUUCAUGAAAAUAUAAAUGCCCUAACCAAAGAAUUGGAAUUUAAGGGAAAAGAAAUUCUCAGAAUAAGAAGUGAAUCCAACCAACAGAUGAGGUUGCAUGAACAAGAUUUAAACAAGAAACUUGAAAAAGAGCUGGAUGUCAUGACAGCAGACCACCUCAGAGAGAAAAAUAUCAUGCGGGCAGAUUUUAAUAAGACUAACGAGCUACUCAAGGAAAUAAAUGCAGCUUUACAAGUGUCACUAGAAGAGAUGGAAGAAAAAUAUCUAAUGAGAGAAUCAAAACCAGAAGAUUUACAGAUGAUUGCAGAAUUAAAAGCCAUGCUUACAGAAAGAGAUCAGGUCAUAAUGAAACUAAUGGAGGAUAAUAAAUUUUAUCAGCUGGAAUUAGUCAAUCGAGAAACUAACUUCAACAAAGUGUUUAACUCAAGUCCUACUGUUGGUGUUAUUAAUCCACUGACUAAGCAAAAGAAGAAGAACAAUAAAUCACCAACAAACAGGUUUGUGAGUGUUCCCAAUCUAAGUGCUCUGGAAUCUGGUGGAGUGGGCAAUGGACAUCCUAACCGCCUGGAUCCCAUUCCUAAUUCUCCAGUCCACGAGACUGAGUUCAACAGCAGCAAACCACUUCCACAGCCAGUGCCACCCAAAGAGCCCAAGACAUUUUUGAGGUAUCAGUAAGAUGCAUGUGCAUGGGCUCAAGGAACAUGACUACUGGAGUUUCCAUUACACAUUGUUGCGUGCCUUGUAAUUUCCCCCAAAGACGGUAGGGAUUCUUUUAUUUUCUUAACUAGCCCAAAGAAUCUUUAGUUAGAGUUAAGAUAAGUAUAAAUUAUAUAACUUUGAAGAUGGAGGGGAAAUUGGCAUUUUAAUGUACUCCUUUCCCCUAGAGUAUCUGCUUAUGGAAUUAUGAAAGUUUAAUAUAAACAUACAUAUAUAAAAAAUA